CACGACGACAGUGAAUAAAACCUCUUUUUUCACCGCCACCGCAUUCUGUUCUGCAACAUGACUCAGAUCAAUCUGAGACUCUCUUUUCUUCCUGUUCUUCUUCCUCCUUCGUGCCUACCCAUCUCCGGGUUUGGGUGAACAACAAUGGCGUCUAUUACUCGCAUCAACCGAAUCGCGUCUCUCACACGACCCCUUCUCCGUGACACCUGUCGACCAGCUGUCACACAACAGCACCGACCAUGGCGGCAAGUUCGCUGGAGCUCGCACGCCCCCUCGUCUCCGGCCAUGCUGGCUAGAGGCCAGAAGCCCGUCACGAUCCAAACCCUCCAGAAAAUGUACGCAGAGGACCAGCCCAUCACCAUGUUGACUGCACACAAUUUCCCCUCGGCUCUAAUGGCGCAAGAAGCUGGAAUGGACAUGAUCCUGGUUGGCGACUCGCUUGCCAUGGUGUCCCUCGGCAUGCAAGACACGUCCGAAGUCACGCUCGACGAGAUGAUCGUUUCCGCCCGCGCGGUUAGUCGAGCAGUAAACCGAUCAUUCACCGUCGGAGAUCUCCCCAUGGGUUCGUACGAACUCAGCCCGGAACAAGCACUUGCCAGCGCGAUUCGAAUGGUCAAAGAAGGCCGCAUGCAGAGUGUCAAACUUGAAGGAGGAGCCGAGAUGGCCCCUGCAAUCAACAAGAUCACAACCGCCGGCAUCCCAUUGUGCGCACAUAUCGGCCUCACCCCUCAACGCCAGCAUGCUCUUGGAGGCUUUCGUGUCCAGGGCAAUACACUGGACAAAGCAAUGUCCCUACUGAAUGACGCCAAAGCUGUGGAGGAGGCAGGAGCUUUCAUGGUCGUGUUGGAAUGUGUGCCGCCCGAUAUCGCCGAGGAAGUCACCAAGGCUCUCAGAAUACCCACCAUCGGCAUUGGAGCAGGCAACAAAACAAGUGGUCAGGUUCUGGUGCAGAUCGAUAUGCUUGGUGUUCGUCCGCCUGAUAGUUUCAUGCCGAAGUUCGUCAAAAAAUAUGGAUCGAUAUGGGAAGCUGGGUUGGAUGCCAUUAAGCAGUACAAGAAUGAGGUCAGCGAUCGAAGCUAUCCAGGUCCCUCGCAUGUGUACAAGAGCGACGCAAAGGUCACGGAGGCGUUUAAGGUGGCCAUUCAAUCCGGAGAAGCGCAAAAGGCUUGAUAUCGUUGGCGUUGCUUUGACCUGGUCAUGAGACAUUUCCGGCGUUAUUGAUUCCGGCCUCGAGCAAGCGCACUUCCUUUGGUCAGAACAGGGCUGGGACUGGCCUAGGCUCAUCCAAAAGCCGGCGUUGUGGAAUAGCUAACGAUCAAUUGAUCGUCAACCUUGAAACACUAGUUUUCGCAAACAAAGGACCGUGAUUAGCAUGAUCUCCUCUAGCUCUUCCGUUUAGCAGAUUCGAUUGAACAACACCAUAGAUGUAGCGCACCAGCCUUGCCUCAACCAGACAACAGACGGG